AUGACCACCCAUAACGCCAGCAGUAUUGCAAUCACCCUCCUCCACAACUACGGCGGAACGUCCGACAAAGCUCGCCAAGGCAUAUUCUCCGCCUUCUCCGCGGUAGCAUGGUACAACGCCAUCGAGCUCAUCAUCCUCUGCUUCGUCUCCUUCAGACGCUGGAACGGCGCCUACUUCUGGAGCCUACUCAUUUCCUCCGCCUGCAUCAUCCCGUACUCCCUCGGGUUCGUCCUUCUCUUCUUCCCGACAGGCGUCACUCCCUGGCUAUGCGUGACCCUCUUCUUGGUCAGCUGGUACGGCAUGGUCACCGGCCAGUCGGUUGUGCUAUGGUCGCGGCUGCAUCUCGUACUGCAGAAUAGGAAGCUGCUGCGCGGAGUGCUCUGGAUGAUAUGUAUUGAUGCUGUCAUCUUCCACCUCCCGACCACAGCUAUACUAUAUGGGGCUGUUGCUCAUCCGACCGGCCGCUGGGCCCGCGGGUAUGAUAUCAUGGAGCGCAUUCAGCUGGUUGGUUUCUGCGUGCAGGAAUUUAUUAUAUCCAGCAUAUAUGUUUGGGAAACCGUUAAAUUGCUCCGUCUUAGGCCGGCAGGUCGCCCCCAUGGCAUUCUUAACCAGUUGUUGGUUAUCAAUAUCAUCAUUCUUGUGUUGGAUAUAUCAGUCGUUGUUAUUCAAUAUGUCGGCUACUAUGCCAUCCAGGUCAUGUUCAAGCCUGUGGCUUAUAGUAUCAAGUUGAAACUUGAAUAUGCCAUCCUUGGUAAAUUGAUCGCAGUUGCGCGCGGUUUCUCUGAUGAUCAUGAAUUGCGCUCCAGUGAGCGUGAGCUCAACCAGGUCAGCUCCUCUCCGUCGGAUAGGGACCGGCUGUCGACUCUGGAGUCACCGAUGCAGGAUCGUCGGCAGUACAGUCCGUCGUGGUUUUGGGAAGGGAUGAGCUCUACUCAUUCUACACCUACUUCGGCUAGUGUUCUGCGUAAUCCAUGGUAG